AUGGGGCAAGCAAACAGAUACUAUUCAUCCAAUGCCUGCACUGAACCAAUAGCUGCACAACCUACUGGUCCCGGCGAAUAUGCUGGUAUCGGUCGGACUAUCUCUCUGGUUCAAGAUGAGACACCCCAAUCAAUGCCGCCACUUGAAGACUUAACCUCUGAUGAAACCCCGGAUUCCGUGCCGGAAUUCUGGAGCUAUAGCUCCCAGAAGAGUCCUGAGGGGAAAGACAUCAUUGUACAUUACUGCAAAUCAUUGAAAAACACGGAGAAGGUAGCAAAGUACUUCGCAGAGGAUGAAGUCCUUGGAUUUGAUAUGGAGUGGAAAGCUCAGGUCUCUGCCUCCGACAGCCUCCAAAACAACGUCUCUCUAAUACAACUUGCGAACAAAAGUCGCAUCGCGUUAUUCCAAGUUGCAAUGUUUAAGCCGGCCAAAGGGGUUAAAGACCUGGUUGCGCCUACUUUGAAGAAAAUACUCGAGUCUCCAGACAUCACCAAAGUUGGAGUAUCCAUAAAAGCAGAUUGCACUCGUCUGCGAAAAUUCCUGAAGAUCGAUGCUCGCGCCAUUUUUGAACUCAGUCAUUUGCACAAACUGGUCAAACACUGUCAUUCGAACCCGCGCCUGAUCAAUAAGAGACUUGUUAGUCUGAACGACCAAGUGGAAGAACAUUUUGGGCUACCGUUGGUGAAAGAAGAGUCUGUCCGUUGCAGCGAUUGGACAGUUGCCCUUAAUUACCCCCAGGUACAAUGUGAGUCCGCCCACGCCCAUCGUCUUGGUGUGAUCUGCCUACUCAAUAUUGACACUCCUUUUCCAGAUGCUGCCACUGAUCCAUAUGCAUGUAUCUGUCUGUUCGAUACUCUGAAUGCCAAAAGGCAAUCUUUAGAUCCCAUGCCCCCUCUACCUGCACAUGCCGAGUUGGACCUACCAAUUCGAGUAGUAGAGGGAUCCGCCGAGAAUGUCGAUUCUGAUGACGUCCAGUUAGUCGACCAGAAAGCAGACACGCCAGCCGAGGAAGACACAAAGCAUGUCAAUUUGGAAGCGUGA